AUGUCGAACAAAUUGCGGGCAUUGAAAUUGAUUGACCAGAUUGUCCGCGGACAGGAGCGCGAUAGGAAUAGGACCCCAGUCCCACUGCCGACCCUUAGUCCUGAAAACCAAAAACAAGACGACACACGGAAUCCGCUGCAAAAUGGAACAAAUAGGCAGACAACUCCUAGGCCUCAAACUCAGCAACAAGGCCACCAAGGAAAUUUGCACCAAAAUGGAAGCAAUAGGCAGACAACUCCCAGGCCCCAAAAUCAGCAUCAAGGCAACCAAGGAAAUUCUAACCAAAAUAACUUGUCACAAAAUAGACAGCCAUUAGUGGCACUUUAUUACUACUCACGACUUACUUAUCAGCAAAAGGAAACCCAACAAUUUACUACCUGUGUGAGCGGUUCCUGCCAGCAUCAAGAAACUGGGAGUGACUACGAAAUGAAUUCCUUGGCUUCAGGUAAUACCGACAGAUUUAGUAGACGUCACUUUUAAUUUGAAUGUAAUAAGAAAAACGUAAGCCGAUAAACGAAUAUUUUGUAGAUUAUCUAAACAAAAUAUAUAAGUAUGCAUAAA